AUGCCGAAAGUUAAAACAUCGAAUUAUCGAGACUUAGAUAUUUUGUGUCUGAGUUUGGUGGCAAUGAUGUUUUUACAAUUGACCUGUGAAGCAUGGACUACUACCAGCACAACCGAAAGAAGACUUAGGACCUUUGAAAACAGAAUUUGGAGGACAAUUUGUGGACCAAUUUAUGAUAGCGUCAAUUUAACCUGGAGAAGAAAAUACAACAAAGAACUACAAGACGAAUUGGGAAUUGCAUCAGUUAUCAGCUUUAUAAGAGGGCAAAAGAUCCAAUGGUUAGGACACGCGAUGCGGAGAAGUGAGGAUGAUAUAAGUAGAACAAUCCAAAACUGGAAACCAAUGGGAAUGAGACCGCGAGGAAGACCCAGGAAAAGGUGGUUGGGUGUUGUGGAAGAAGACCUUGAAAGAUUGAGAGUACAUAUUGGAGGGAAGUAG